GGUUUUAUUUUCUGAAAAGUUUCAAAACAGAACUAACCACUGUCACAGGAAGUGAACUUCAUGCUCAGAUAACAGAAUUAACAUAUCUCUUGAUCUCUACCAAGAAUAUGUGCUUUUUGCCUUUUUCUUUUAUGUCUGAAUGUUUAUGUAUGCAAAUAUAACAAGUCAGAAUGGGUGAAGUUCUCCUUUUGUUUCUCGGUUUGAAUGUUGUUAAGCUGCCCAUUAGGAACAACUUAUUCGUUUUGAAGGGUCAGCGAUAAAGGAGAAAAAAGGAAGGAGAAACAGUCUGACUCAUUCACAGCUGAAGGAAUGAUGGUUCCUGAAGGGAUUCUUCUGCUUCUGUUUGCUAUUCUUACAAACUCCUUUGAGGGAUCAGCUCAAGUUGAAAUAAUAGUGCCUGAAAGAACAGAAACAUAUGAGGAAGGGUCAAGUGUGACAAUCCCCUGUGAAUACUUUAAUAAAGAGGACAAUUUGGCACUACUGUGGUUUAAAGAUGCACAUUUUGAUAAGGAUUUACAAACGUUUAAUGGGACUAUUGUAUACAGUAACAGAGAAGAACGUCCACAGUCACUGGAUUACGUCAACAGGGUGGAAUACGAUGCUAAUGUAAUAUCAGCACAGAGCGAAAACACCUGGACAAAAUGUAAUUUAAGAAUCAACGAUCUACAAAAAACAGACAGUGGGAGCUACAGCUUUAGAUUCAUUGGUUCAAAAAAGUACAUGAGUCAAGCUAUGAAUCUCGAAGUUACAGACAACCCAUGUAAGGUGAAUGUUGACCCAUCAGAGCUAAAGAAUCCACUCAUGGAGUCAGAGGAAUUUACUGUUCGUUGCUCCACAUUUGGUUCCUGCUUGAAAUAUCCUGAGUGGCUCGUCAACCCAUCAGUUCAAAAGGAAGAAUGGCUGUCCUCCUCAUUAACUGAUGUAAUAAUCAAGAAUGAUGAAGAAGAGGGCAGAAAAGUCACCACACUAAAACUCAAUGUGACAUGGAAGGAUGACAAAAGAAUUCUGUCAUGUCGUCCAGGCCAAGCUAAGGACCGCUCCCAGAUCAGAAACAUCACUCUGUCUGUGGAAUAUUCACCUAAAGAGACAACUGCAAAAGUGAGCUCCGAGUAUGUGAAGGAGGGAGAUUCUGUCACUCUAUCCUGCGACAGCAGAGGUCAUCCUGAUGUCACCUUCUCAUGGUUAAUAAACGAGCAAAUAGAAAAGUCUCAACAAAAGUCUGACUUGAAACUAAAUAAUGUGAAACCAGAAGACAGUGGAGAAUAUUAUUGUGAAACUAAAAACAAGCAUGGAACAAUGAAAUCAAAUAUGAUUAUAAUUGAUGUGAAAUAUGGUCCAAAGGGUGUCACAGUGAAACCUCUGGUCAGUGUUGAAGAUCUCAAAGAGGGAGGCAAUCUGAUUCUUAAGUGUUCAGUAAAUGAAAGUAACCCACCAGUCACAUUUAAAUGGUACAAUAACAACAAUAUGCAACAACAAACUAGUGAUACAUUAACCAUCAGCAAUGUUAAAGCAAGUGAUGGAGGAUCUUACCAAUGCGAGGCUGAUAAUGGUAUUAAAAAAGAGACGUCAAAUAUCAUCUCAGUCUCUGUAAAGUAUUCACCACGAAACGUCGAAAUACAAGGCGGAAAUUCUGUAAAAGUGAACUCCAGACUGACUUUGACAUGCUCGGGUGAUGCCAACCCUAAGUCAGUACAGUACACUUGGAAACACCCACCUGGACUAUCUUCUUACACAUUUCCAGUUCAAACUGGAGAGUUAAUCGUGGACAAUGUGACCAUUAAGCAUGCAGGGCAAUACACAUGUAUUGUUAACAACGCCAUUGGAUCAUCAAGUUCAAACACCUUUAAUGUUGAUGUGCUUUAUCCUCCAUCUAAUCUCAGAUUGAUUAUGAAGAGGGUAUUGAAAGAGUUUGAAGUAUUUCCAGUUAUCUGCACUGUUCAAAGCUUUCCUUUGUCAAAGCUCACAGUGACAGGACCAAAGGAUUUCCAAAACAAUCAAGUGAACAUCACUGAAUCUGUGAACAAUUUAACUAUAUACUUGAACGUAACCGAGUCACAUGCAGGGAAGUACAAGUGCAAAGCAGAGAAUUCCGAGGGACAAGUAGAAACUAAUCAAGAAGAGCUAACUGUGUUGUAUGCACCUAAAAAUGUGACUGCAAGUUCUAAAGGAGAACAGACAUUUGGGAGUGAGCUGACUCUUACAUGUGGGGCUCGUUCCAAACCUGCUCCGUCCUCAUUUGAGUGGAUGAAAUGGUUCAAUGGACAAUUAAAGACAGUUGGACAUGAACAGAAACUACACUUUCAUUCUCUGAAUAUCUCUGACUCUGGUGAGUUUGUUUGCAUUGCGAACAAUUCCAUUGGAAAAGGAAAAUCCCAAUCAGUACACAUCAGGGUGAAGUAUACUCCAAACAUAAAUAUUGUCGAUAACAGGACAGCUGAGUGGAAUUGGCAGCUUGCAGUCUAUCUGACCUGCAGUGCAGAUGCGUAUCCUCCCGCCACUGAAUACAAAUGGUACAGAGAGGAGGACAACACCACUGUCUUGUCGCACCAGCAGAACUUCACUGUUCUACCUCAGAACCCAGGAAUGUAUUACUGUACAGCAGCCAAUAGAAUCGGAAAAUCACGAUCCAAACACAUCAAGUUAUUUGUCAGCAGUUACUCUAAAGUGCUCUGCCAGAUAAUCUUACCUAUCAUCCUGUUGAUUCUCAUUGCUGUGGGGAUCUUUCUGAUGCGCAGGACUAUCAUCAAGGCAAGAUCAGAUCCGCAAAGAGGAGCAGAUAAUCCAUUGUGUUUUUUCCUAGGAUUCCUGUCAGGCUCUUCUACAGUGGCAAACUUACUUUUAUUGGGAUCACAAAAUAACACCCGGGAGAAUCUGUCAAUAGAUGAGAUUCCUGAUCCAUGUCAUGGAAGGGUUCAACAAUCACAACCAACACACAAUUCCCAAGAUCCUACACGAGCGCAGGACCUCAAUCCAAGGUCAGAAUCUAAUACCCACACGGUGUAUUCUGCCAUUAAACUGCCACCAAUUAAACAAGGAAAAUGUAACCCGAAAUCACAAAAACCUGGAAAUAAGGAUAAUGACUUAAACUACAUCACUCUUGAUUUCAAGAAACAAAAUGAGCCAAAAAGAGCACCCGAAGAUUCAGCAGUCUAUGCCAUGAUGUCAAAAAAUAAUCAGCCAAAGAAUUCCCAAUCAGAAAAUCACGAUUAUGAGAAUUUUUCUUCUGCAUGUGCCUCAAGACUUCCAUUCACCAAUAUAGACUGGGAAUCUGAUUCCAGUGAAGAAGAUGAAGUGAAUUACACCACUGUGACUUGUUCUGCCAAAACUGAUGUUAACGAACCAAAACAUUACCAGAGGAGCUGUCUUAGCAGCUCAAGAUCUGAAGAUGAGAACAUAACUGAAUAUUCAGCCAUAAAAACCUGAAACAGUGGGAGUUUCCAAAUUAAGUAUUAAAACUUAGUUAUUUGUUGUGUUAUUUGAAAGUUAUAAUUAAGACUAUUGAUUCUCUUAGAGUGGUAAGAAUGCCUUCCACUCCUCUUAAUUUUUUUCAGUGUGACUUGCAUUAAUAUAAUAUUGAAAUAUUCUGAAUCAUGCUUAAAAAUAUUCCUUUGUAUCAAUGUGCCAUAUACUCGUGUGAUCAAUUAAGUUGUGCUUGCAUGGAACACUGAUUUAGGAGUUCAGUUUCAUAAAAAAAAUGUGUGGCUAUUGUUACACCAAAUACUGUGAAAAGAAAAAAUAUAGUUAGUAAGUUAGUUAUAUAGUUACCAUAUUGAUGAACUCUAGCUAUGCUGUGGACAUUUAACUGGUUGAAUAAAACUGUGUAUCCUUAAUUACUUGUUUGAAUAAAAGAAAAAAAAGUC